UCACGGCUCACGCUCUAAUUACUAAGUAAAAGGAGGAGUUCAGAAACAAGGCCAUUUUAAUUAGACAGGUAUAUAAUGGCUUUCCUCAAGAUGUACGGAAAUGGAGUUUGUAGGACCAAUGGAAAAAGUAGAGACAAGAGGAGUUCUACUUUCCUCAUUCCUAAACGUUUCUCCAGAUGUUCACGAACCGAACAACAGCUGCGGAGGAAGAGAACUAUGGAGAAAAUGGAGAGGAGCAUGAAGAAGUUGAAAAAGGAAAUGGAAGAGAUAGGUGAGGAGCAGAAACAGAUAAGGGAAGGGCAGAGGCAAGUUAGGGAAAAAUUUGAGGCGAUGGAAGAAGAAUGCAAGCAGCUCCGCGAGGAAACUAGGCAGAUAACAAUGCAGAGCAAGAACACCCAACUUCGUCUCGCCCUUAUGUUCCAGAUCCUCAAGGCCAGGGAGAACAAUGAUCUUGUUAGAGCUACCGAACUUACUCGGUUUCUCCGUGAACUGAUUGCCAACCAGAACAGGCAGAUUAAGUCUACCUAAGUUGCCUUGUACCAAAAGGCAAGAGAAUAAAACGCACAAUAACUGAAAAAAAAAAAAAAGAGAAAAAAAAGGGAAGAAGUCACUGCAAUGUUUGAAGUUCAGUUGUACUCUAAUGUGUGUCUUUUUUCUGUAUAUGGGAAAGAACUUCAUUCGACUUGCCCUGUCUUUAAGCUUCUAUUCGGUGUGUUUAUGAAUGGUGUUUAGUCCAAGUUAUAUUACUAAACCGGUUCUGUUGUAUGUUUUUGUCAAGAUACUUGAGUAUCUA